AUGAAGAAAUUCGAAGCUCCAAUUGCUGAUAAGUUCUCGUUUCCCUCUGGACACACCUCUAGAGCAGCAAUGCUCGCUACUUUAUGGUUCGUUUUACUCAGUGCAUUCUUUCCCAAAUAUCGAUUCGCUGCUAUGCUAAUGGCGUUGGUGGUAGCAACGAGUCGUGUGGCGAUGGGACGUCAUUAUUUAAGCGAUGCACUCGGAGGCCUUCUAAUUGGAUGGCUUGAAGGAUUAGCCGUGCUCGCUUUACCACGUGGUUUUGCUACCUGGAUUCGGCAAAUUCUUCACUGA